AAGCAGUAGUAGAAGAAGAAGAACGACGAGGAGAAGAAGAAGUAGAAGAAGAAGUAGAAGAAGAAGAAGAAGAAGAAGAAGAGUGUACCGUUUGCUUGUUGUUUUCAAUGAAUUUAAGGUUUUUGAUGUUUAUUUCAAAGUGAAGCACGUGGCUGUUGUUGAAGAGGAGCGGCUGCUGCACCUUUUGACCGAAAUGAAGAUCAACAUCGAGGGUCUGUUGGUGUAUUUCCCAUAUGACUACAUCUAUCCUGAGCAGUACUCCUACAUGCUGGAGCUGAAGAGGACGCUGGACGCCAAAGGUCAUGGAGUCUUGGAGAUGCCUUCAGGAACAGGGAAGACCAUUUCUCUGCUGUCUCUCAUCGUUGCCUACCAAAAGGCCUUUCCUUUGGAAGUGACCAAGUUAAUAUACUGCUCCAGAACAGUUCCCGAGAUCGAGAAGGUCGUAGAGGAGCUGAGGAAACUGAUGGAGUUUUAUUCCAAGGAAACUGGAGAAAGCAACAACUUCUUGGCCCUGGCCCUUUCCUCCAGGAAGAACCUCUGCAUCCACCCGGAGGUGAGUGCUCUGCGCUUUGGUAAGGAGGUUGAUGGGAAGUGCCACAGUCUGACCGCGUCAUACAUCCGUGCACAACGCCACAGCAACGCCGACCUGCCCGCCUGCAGCUUCUACGAGGAGUUUGAUGCCGUCGGCAGGCAGGUGCCUCUUCCUGCUGGCGUCUACAACCUCGACGACCUGAAGGACUUCGGCAGGAGGAAAGGCUGGUGUCCGUACUAUCUGGCACGCUACUCGAUUCUGCAUGCCAACAUCGUGGUGUACAGCUAUCACUACCUGCUGGACCCCAAGAUUGCUGACCUGGUGUCCAAAGAGCUCUCCAAGAAAUCUAUAGUAGUGUUUGACGAGGCCCAUAAUAUCGAUAACGUAUGUAUCGACUCCAUGAGUGUGAACAUCACCAGACGUACACUGGACAACUGCCACAAAAAUGUGGACACACUACAGAACACCAUACAAAAGAUUAAGGAGACGGACACUGCUAAACUGAAGGAGGAGUACAGGCGACUGGUGGAGGGGUUGAAGGAAGCCAACGUUGCCAGGGAGACCGACGUCUACCUCGCGAAUCCAGUGUUGCCAGAUGAAAUUCUUCGAGAGGCAGUUCCUGGUACUAUUCGCACAGCCGAGCACUUUGUUGGUUUCCUGAGGCGUUUCCUGGAGUACCUGAAGUCUCGUCUGAGGGUCCAACAUGUCGUGCAGGAGAGCGCCCCGCAGUUCCUCAAAGACAUCUUCGACAAAGUCUGCAUCGACCGUAAACCUCUGAGGUUUUGUGCGGAGCGGUUGCAGUCGUUGCUACGAACUCUGGAGAUUGCCGACAUUGCAGACUUCUCCGCGGUUACUCUCAUCUCUAACUUUGCUACGCUGGUCAGCACCUACAGCCAAGGUUUCACCAUAAUCAUCGAGCCUUUUGAGGACAGAACUCCGACCAUUGCGAAUCCUGUGCUGCACUUCAGUUGCAUGGACCCAUCUAUCGCCAUCAAACCAGUUUUUCAACGAUUCCAGUCGGUCAUCAUCACCUCAGGGACUCUCUCUCCACUGGACAUCUAUCCCAGAAUCCUGGACUUCCGCCCUGUUACCGUGGCGUCCUUCACCAUGACACUGGCACGGACCUGCCUCUGUCCCCUGAUUGUUGGACGGGGAAACGACCAGGUGGCCCUCAGCUCAAAGUUUGAGACCAGGGAAGACUUUGCUGUGAUUCGUAACUAUGGCAACCUUCUUCUUGAGAUGUCUGCCAUCGUUCCUGACGGCAUCGUGGCGUUUUUCACCAGUUAUGUUUAUAUGGAGAACAUAGUGGCAGCUUGGUAUGAACAGGGUAUCCUGGAAAACAUCCAGAGGAACAAGCUCAUCUUCAUCGAGACUCAGGAUGCUGCAGAGACGAGCAUGGCCCUGGAGAAAUACCAGGAGGCGUGUGAGAACGGCAGAGGAGCCAUCCUCCUGUCUGUGGCCAGAGGAAAAGUGUCUGAAGGAAUAGAUUUCGUGCACCAUUUUGGCCGGGCGGUCAUCAUGUUUGGAGUUCCUUAUGUUUACACGCAGAGCCGCAUCCUAAAGGCUCGUCUGGAGUACCUCCGGGAUCAGUUUCAGAUCAGAGAGAACGAUUUCCUAACGUUUGACGCCAUGCGCCACGCAGCUCAGUGUGUGGGCAGAGCCAUCAGAGGCAAGACUGACUACGGCCUCAUGAUUUUUGCCGACAAGCGUUACGCCCGAGCAGACAAACGCGGGAAGCUUCCCCGCUGGAUUCAGGAGCACAUCAGCGAUGGCAGUCUGAACCUCACAGUGGACGAGACUGUCCAUCUCUCAAAGCACUUCCUGCGGCAGAUGGCUCAGCCUUUCAGACAGGAGGACCAGCUGGGUCUGUCUCUGUUGACUCUCGAGCAGCUGCAGUCGGAGGAGAUGCUGCAGAAAAUCGCUCAGAUCGCUCAUCAGACUUGAGGGUGACAUGCUGCAUAAUGUCAUCACCGAAGGCGACGCCCAUGAUGAGGAGGUCAGCUGCGUUACGAUGAUCAGUACUGGGUUGAACAAGCAGACGCCUCUCAUUGUUAAGCUCAACCUACAUUUCGUGCAAAAUGUGCAGGGUUUACCACAUCAUGACAGUUCAGAUCUAAUUUAGAAAGUCAAUGAACUUCUUCUGUACGUUGGUCUCAACUGUAAUGUGGGGAAAUUUAAUCUGUGAAAGGUAAAACACCACCAGGGGUCUCAGGCUCAAAAAAGCACAUUACACGAGGGAGAAUAUUCCAUCAGAUUCACAAUCAUCCAGAUUUUGUCAGAACUAACUCUCACUAAUCAUAUCUAUACACCUUACAUAAUGUGAGAGAACCUUUGACCCACUGCAAAAAUGUCAGUACUACAUAUUACUUUCAUUACUGAUUUGUAUUAGGUGCCUAAAGUUUCCUGCAAAACUAAAAGAAGUAAAGAAAAUAAUGUUUUUUUAAAUAGCAGUUUCUCACUGAAAUACGGACGCUUUAAACGGUCACUUGGAGCCAUAUAUUUUGCUGAAACCAUUCUCUCGUUUUUUCCCCCUGCAAUCAAAGUGAGCAGGCUGUUUUCAGUUUGAUUUAAGUUUUCCCUUUACCUCGCUCAGUAAAAUACUCAGCAUUACCUGUAGAGGGAUUGUGUAGUUUAUAAGUAAUCCUUAUAUGGUCUACCUCAAUGUUAAAAACAUUGUGCUUUUUUUUUUGAAAUACAUAAUAAUUUGAUAGGUUACAUGUUUUGUUUGAAACAAAACAAGCAGAGGUUUAGUCAUCAGUGGUUUAACACUUUUAACAGCAGGAGUAUUAUUCCUGCUGUGGGUGUAGCAUGGAUUAAUAUAGUGUCUGUCAUACAGACCUGACUGUUGUUAGUUUACUUUACUACUGCAACUGUACAUACUCACAUGUCUAUAGUUGACGUGAAUACUUGUGUAUCUGUUUUCUCACCAUGAGGCUGUAAUAUACAAGCUUGUAUUUUA